GCACGAUGCCGCUUCCUCAUCCUUCGAUUGGUUGUCACGUGGUCUCCGUGGGGAGCAUUCGCCAAUCCAUCAGCCAGCACGACAUCGAGGAGAUGGGCAUGUGUUUUCUUCACGCCCCCCCACCCGGUGAUCAGCCCAAGACGGACACAUCGGACCCACGCAUCAUUGAGCUUUUGGACAACUAUGAGGAUGUCUUCCAAGCUCCUGUGGGAGUAGUACCGGAUCGGCCCAUACGCCAUGGGAUCACUCUCGAGGACGGCGCCUUACCUCCGCGCGGAUGUAUUUACCACAUGAGCGAAGAGGAGCUUCAAGUGCUUCGGGCACAACUAGACGACCUCUUGGCCAAGGGCUGGAUUCGCCCUAGCUGUUCGCCAUACGGUGCUCCUGUUCUCUUCGUCUGGAAGAAGAACAAGGACCGUCGUUUGUGUAUCGACUAUCGAAAACUUAACGUGCAAACGAUCAAGAACGUUGGCCCUCCCCCGCGGAUCGAUGAUCUCCUCGAGCGACUAGGCGGCGCCAAGUACUUCUCAAAGCUUGACCUCAAAUCCGGCUAUCACCAGAUCGAGAUCCAGCCAAGAGAUCGGUACAAAACCGCGUUCAAGAUGCGGUAUGGGCACUUUGAGUGGAUCGUCAUGCCUUUCGGUCUCACCAAUGCCCCGACUACUUUCCAAGCGGUUAUGAUGACAGAAUUCCGCGACCUGCUCGACCGCACCGUACUCAUUUACCUCGAUGAUAUCUUGGUUUAUAGCCGGUCGCUGGACGAGCACCUCGAGCACCUUCGCCCCGUUUUGGAGCGGCUCCGUAUCGCCAAGAACAAGGCAAACUGCGACAAGUGCGAGUUUGCCCAGCAAGAGUUGGAGUACUUGAGCCAUUAUGUUACGUCGCAAGGCAUUCGUCCGCUCGCGGACGAACCACGAUGUUCCGGAAGACAUCGUCAGCGACCGCGACAAAUGUUUCAUGUCAGCCUUUUGGACAACACUCAUGGUGGAAUCCGGCACCAGCAUGAAACUGAGUUCUGCACGACAUCCUCAAAUAGAAGGGCAAAUGGAACAUGCACACCAGACUGCGCAGAUGAUGCUCCGCACGAGACUGCGCAAAAGGACUGGGUUGACCGUCUUCCCGACAUCGCGCUCGCCUAUAACACUUCGGUGCACCCGGCGAUCGGCGUGACUCCAUUCGAGUUGCAUCACGGUGGGCGGAAAGGCCAUAUUUUCACAAACAUUUUGCUUCCACGGGCAGCCGAUAUCGACACCGCUUGCACCCCCGCUUCUACACGGAAGUAUAGGGAUCUGCUGGCCAAAGCCCGCGCAAAUAUGCAAAAGGCUCAGGUCCGUAUACAGCAGCAAGCGAACCGGCGUUGCAUCCCAUGUCCAAUCCACGCUGGCGACCUUUUUUGGGUCACCUCUGAGGAAUUUGCGUUCGAGCAGCAUGUUUCGCACAAGCUCCUCCCUAAGUGCUUUGGGCCAUGGAAGGUCACUUCAGCAGCUGGCGACGACCCUGCAGGUCCCUCUUUCAUAAUCGAGAUUCCCCCGCAUAUGACGGUCCACCCUGUAUUUCACACUUCGAAGUUGGCGGUCUACACUCCAGCCUCACGAACGGAAUUCCCAGGCAGACGGUCCCACGACCCUCCUUCGAUGGACGGUCACCAGGAGGUCGACCGUGUCCUUGCUCAUCGCAAGCACGACAACAAGCCGAUGCAGUACAAAGUUACAUUCAAGCAAUGCGAUCCCGACGACACACACUGGAUUUCACGAGCUGACCUGAAGGCGACAACACCCCUCAUCUACGCGCAUUAUGAAAAACAGCGACUUGCUAAGGAAGCUGCUCAACCCGCCCGUCCCGUACGGACAUCGGACAGACAGCUUCACCCUCGCAGUUAGCUCGGUCUUCAAGGGGGGGAAUGUGCGGCAUACAGAUACCACAAGGGCCCCAGUUAGGGCCCGGUUCUGUAGUAGGCACGGGCUAG